AUGACGGCGCAAGCGGCGUUGAUCGCCGAUACCAUCAUUGGAAUGAAGCGGGCCUUGCGCAGAGAGCGUGAAGAAAAUGGCCCAGACGACCCAAUCAUGGCACCGACAAAUAGGGGAAACAAAAUGCAUGCUAACGCUAAGUAUGUGAGCGAGGGCGCACUGGGUUACAUCAACGCCGAGGAUUACUAUAAGCAGCCGAACCCGGUUCGCUACGAUUCCGAGGGAGACGAGCUUGAUGAGGAUGAUGAAGAUUCCGAGGCUGAUGCUGCAGCUGCUGAAGAGAACCCGUUCUCCGGUAUUGCGCUUGAGACUCUUCUUUGUCCCUUGAAGCAUCCUUCCGAACUCCCCACCCAUCCUUCCAUGUCCCAAGCAUACACGUCGCAAGCCCUAGAGAAGAUGACAUUGACCGUCGAACACAAGCUCCGCCAGGAACGGGCUUUGCUCUGGCGCGCAAGGAACUUGCAUAGGCAAUUCCUCGGUGAUAGCGGUUGGAUGCCAUGCGGUGCACUCGAGACGCCUAGUGAUCACUUGAUCUUCGACCCCAGGCUUGCCAGUAAUGACCCGAGCGUAUAUGCCGGUCAGGGUGCAAGUGGAACUGGUACUCCGUCCAUCACUAAGGAUCUCAAUGGCCAGCAGGAUGUGGCACAAAACGUCCCUGCAUCAAUAGCUACCCAGGACCCCUCAUCGGCAAAGAAUGGGACAAAGCCCCAGCCUAGUUCAAUGCAGAAUGACGUGGAAAUGGCCGAGGUUCCAGCAGAGGGUGAACUUGCCAAGAAUGGCCUGCAGCUUAAAUCAGAAGAGACCGAUGCCACUGUCAAAGACCUCCCACCUCACCCUAACGCCUCGACUCUCGCUCAAGAGAGAAACAACAGCGAUGCAGCUGGGGUGAGCACAAAUCCACCAUCCAACGGGAAACAAGACAUGGAAAUGUCGAAAGAUGCCGAUCCCGUCGACACAACCGAACUCAACGACGACACGGAACAAGACCUCGAAAUGCACGAUGGCUCCUCACCAGAACCGCCACGGAGAAUGACAACGCGUGCGCAAGCCCACGCAGUCCCAAACGAAACUGAAAAUAGCUCCCCACUCUCCUCCGACACAGCAUUCCCACUCCCAACCCCGCACCCUCUAUUCCUUGUCCCGGACAACAUCCGCCCUGACCCGAACUUCGGCCUCCCUGCUGCCGAGGCCGAGGAAACCCGCCGACUACUUUGGUCGUAUAUCCAGAAGCAGGAAGAGACGGUGCGCGGGGUCGAGCACAUGCUCGAUUCGCUGAAAAGAUCUUGCCGCAUGAAAGCUGAUGUUCUGGAUUGGUGUAAGGCUGAGGGACAUGUUGGGGAGAUGAGUGAUGGCGAGGACUGGUAUGACCGUGAGAAGUGGGGCCUUGCUGAGGGCGAGGACUUGAAGAAGGGGACCGAUGAGGAUGAGGUUGAGACAGUUGAUGAGAGUCGGACGCAGGUGAAGAGAGGGAGGGGACGGCGGCAGUGA